UCAAUUCACCCUGGACAGCCUAUGCUACACCAGAAAGAGAGAGGACAGAGAAGAAGAGACACAGACUCUAGAAGGAUUAAAGUUUUAAGACUGACAAGUUUAAGACUAGACUACAGCUUUUGAGUGAUAAUGAUAGCAAGUUUGUAAGACAAAGCACUAGCAAAGAUUUUACAAAGUUUAAUUUUGGAACUCUCUUAUAUUAACUCUUAUUUUGCUGCAUGCUGUUGAAGGUACCAUUUUAUCCUCCAGACAACAGAUACCCUCACAUCCUGGCAGUUUGUUUACUGGAAGGAGGGAGCAGUUCACAGCAAUGAGUGGCCUCAUUCACAAGGCAAGGGUUGCUGGAAACUUUUGCUGUGUUGUGUUGCUUGUUGUCUGCUUCAUUUCCUUAUAUUUAAGAUAUUUAACAAGCCUCGUCCCUAUGGAUAAUGUGCCGGUGACCAGUACAGGGGAGGAGACAAAGAGCUUCAAUUUGGACAACACACUUAACUUUGGAGCCAGACCGGGUGUUCAAACAUGCACGUCUUGGAAAGCACCUAUCAUCUGGGAGGGGAUGUUUGACCCCUAUCUUUACGACCAGAAGCACAUCGAAAGCCACUCAUCUGUGGCCCUCACUGUCUUUGCUGUGGGCAGGUACCUGGAUGCCUACCUUAAGACUUUCCUUACCACUGCAGAACAGCAUUUUAUGUUGGGAUUACCAGUGACAUAUUACGUGUUUACAGAUCUACCAGAGAACGUACCAAACAUUGAGCUUUCUCCUCAGCGAAUCAUGAAGGUUAUCCAGGUAGAAAAGCACUCCAGGUGGCAGGACAUCUCUAUGAUGCGUAUGAAAGCAAUAUCAGAAACCAUAGAAGCAGAGAUUCGUCACUGCUGCAAAUAUGUCUUCUGCUUUGAUGUGGAUCAGGAGUUUAAGGGGAGAUUUGGAUCAGAGGCUCUGGGGGAUUCUGUGGCUUUGCUCCAUGCCCACUUUUACAAACUUCCAAAUGAGAGGUUCACCUACGACAGAAACCCCAAAUCCAAAGCCUUCAUGGAAACCGGAGAUUUUUACUACCAUGCUGCUAUCUUUGGAGGCUUGUGGGAAAAUGUGAAAAAUUUGGCAGAUGCCUGCUAUCUGAACAUCAUGGAGGACAAACAAAACGAUGUGGAAGCUCUGUGGCAUGAUGAGAGUCAUCUAAACAAGUACUUUUGGCUUAAUAAACCAGGCAGGCUGCUAUCCCCUGAGUACUGCUGGGACGAGAGUAUUGCAGACAAGAGUGACAUAAAUGUCACCCGUCUAAUAUGGGAACCAAAGAAUUAUGACACAGUUCGAAAUUCAUAGAAUGGAAAGCGGAGCAACAAAUUGGAAUAUUGAUACAGAUUGUUUACUGUAAACUUAUUGGUUAACUGUAUUGGUUUCUUAAAUCUUUCUGUAUUUUGCAGUUUACCAGAUUUACUAAAUCAGAGAGAAUGUUUAGCCUAUUAUUGAUUGUUUAUUGUUUAUUAUGGCUGUAUAAUUUGUGUUAAUAUGCUUUGGCAAUGUUGUAUGCAGUCAUGCACUCAUGAAGCCCUUAAAAUUUAAAUCAAACAAAGCUGAAGCUAAAGAAUCCACAAUUUGCAAAUGACAAACCUACACGGGAGGUGUAGGUUCUUGAUAUGGCAUAUCUCGUGGGCCCUGGACCAUAGCAGUUUUUUUGUGCGUGUAUAUUUUUGCUAAAUUAAAGUCCUGAAUUAGUA